AUGGGUUGCGGCGCGAGCACUCCGCCUGCAUCGCACCACAGAAUGACACCGUCCCAGCACAGAAUGCCACUGUCCCAGCUCAUCCCUGCCUUUGAUCAGAUCAACGUGCCAUCGCGACAGCAUGCUGAUUCAUGUCAAGAUCAAGGGGCGGCCGACCCUGAUGCCGCAAGGUACCAGGCGAGCGCAUUCAAGGACGAGCACGAAGAGCGGGGUCCUGUGGUCCAGGCAAUAAGUACCCGAUCCUUGUGCCAGCCAGUGGAGGAUGAGUCGGGUGAGGACGACAAGGACCCCUGGUCUUCCUGGCGUUCAUACUGCAGAAUUCUGGCUUUGUGGUUUAGGGUUCAUACUGCUGGCAGGAUAGCCCAAGAACUGCUCCCCUGCCACCAGAUCGCCGCUUACAUGAAAAGCAUCUUAGGAGGCUGGAUGAUUUUCGCCGGGAGGUAG